UGCCCCGGCGGCGGGGCCGGAGCCUGCGCACUGCGGCGGGGAGCGGCCGCCCGGCCCGGCCCGGCCCUGCCCUGCCCUGCCUUGCCCGCCACGCCCGGCCCUGCCCUGCCCUGCCCGCCCUCCAGGGGUGAGCCGGCCGGGGCCGCUGCCCCGCUCGCCAGCGGUGCCGAGGGGCGGGGGCGCCGCGACACCGCCCCGCCCGGGUCCGCAUGGGCCUGGCGGAGCCAUGGCCGCCCUGUACCAGAGCGCGGACCCGUCCGCCUCGGCCUCGCCCAACAAGCUGCUGGCGCUGAAGGAUGUGCGGCAGGUGAAGGAGGAGACUACCCUGGACGAGAAGCUUUUCCUGCUGGCCUGCGACAAAGGUGACUAUUACAUGGUUAAGAAACUCUUAGAGGAAAACAGCUCAGGUGAAAUGAACAUAAAUUGUGUGGAUGUGCUUGGACGAAAUGCUGUUACUAUAACGAUUGAAAAUGAAAACUUGGACAUACUACAGCUGCUUUUGGAUUAUGGCUGCCAGUCCUCGGAUGCACUUUUGGUGGCUAUUGACUCAGAAGUGGUGGGAGCUGUUGACAUUCUACUUAAUCACCGACCUAAACGAUCCUCCAGGCCAACCAUUGUGAAAUUAAUGGAACGCAUUCAGAACCCAGAGUACUCAACAACCAUGGAUGUGGCACCAGUAAUUUUAGCUGCUCAUCGUAACAACUAUGAAAUUCUCACCAUGCUGUUGAAGCAAGACAUAUCAUUACCCAAACCUCAUGCUGUGGGCUGUGAGUGCACACUGUGCACUGCCAAGAACAAAAAAGAUAGUCUGCGACAUUCCAGGUUUCGCCUUGACAUUUAUCGGUGUUUGGCCAGUCCUGCCUUAAUAAUGUUGACAGAGGAGGAUCCAAUCCUAAGAGCUUUUGAACUUAGUGCAGACUUGAAAGAAUUAAGCCUUGUUGAGGUUGAGUUCAGAAAUGAUUAUGAGGAGCUCGCUCAACAGUGCAAAACCUUUGCUAAAGAUUUACUCGCACAAGCACGGAAUUCCCGGGAGCUGGAAGUGAUUCUGAAUCACACCUCCAGUGAUGAACACGUAGACAAGCGAGGAUUGUUGGAGGAGAGGAUGAACUUAAGCCGCUUAAAGCUUGCAAUCAAGUAUAAUCAAAAAGAGUUUGUUGCCCAGUCCAACUGCCAGCAGUUUCUCAACACGGUGUGGUUUGGGCAGAUGGCCGGCUAUCGGCGCAAGCACACCUGCAAGAAGAUCCUGACUGUUCUGAUGGUUGGCAUUUUCUGGCCUGUUCUGUCCCUCUGUUACUUGUUAGCUCCUAAAUCUCGAGUAGGUCGAAUAAUUCACACUCCUUUUAUGAAGUUCAUUAUUCAUGGAGCUUCAUAUUUUACAUUUCUGUUAUUACUUAAUUUGUACUCGCUUGUCUACAAUGAGAAUAAGAAGAAUACAAUGGGACCAGCCCUUGAGAGAAUAGACUAUCUUCUGAUAAUAUGGCUUAUUGGAAUGGUGUGGUCAGAUGUUAAGAGGCUCUGGUAUGAUGGUUUAGAGGAUUUUUUAGAAGAAUCCCGCAAUCAGCUUAGUUUUGUCAUGAAUUCCCUGUAUUUGGCAACUUUUGCCCUCAAAGUCGUUGCCCAUAACAAGUUUCAUGAUUAUGCUGAAAGGAAGGACUGGGAUGCAUUCCAUCCCACCCUAGUGGCAGAAGGUCUUUUUGCCUUUGCCAAUGUUCUUAGUUACCUGCGCCUCUUCUUCAUGUACACAACCAGCUCCAUUCUGGGACCACUCCAGAUUUCAAUGGGGCAGAUGCUACAAGAUUUUGGAAAAUUUCUGGGCAUGUUUCUUCUUGUCUUGUUCUCAUUCACAAUUGGAUUGACCCAACUUUAUGAUAAAGGAUUUACUGUAAAUGAAGAAAAGGACUGUGCGGGCAUUUUCUGUGAACAGCAGAGCAAUGACACAUUCCAUUCGUUUAUUGGUACAUGUUUUGCUCUCUUCUGGUACAUAUUCUCCCUGGCACACGUUGCAAUCUUUGUGACACGUUUUAGCUACGGUGAAGAAUUACAGUCUUUUGUGGGUGCUGUUAUUGUUGGGACCUACAACGUGGUGGUUGUGAUAGUAUUAACAAAACUCCUUGUGGCAAUGCUUCACAAAAGUUUUCAGCUGAUAGCAAAUCAUGAAGAUAAGGAGUGGAAGUUUGCUCGUGCCAAGCUUUGGCUUAGCUAUUUUGAUGAUAAAUGCACACUCCCUCCACCUUUUAAUGUUAUACCCUCUCCCAAGACAAUUUGUUACCUUUUCAACAGUCUCAGUAAAUGGAUCUGCUCUCAUACAUCAAGUGGCAAAGUGAAACGUCAGAACAGCCUCAAGGAAUGGAGAAAUCUGAAGCAGAAGAGAGAUGAGAAUUACCAAAAGGUGAUGUGCUGCUUAGUCCACCGUUACUUGACUUCCAUGAGACAGAAGAUGCAGAGCACGGAUCAGGCCACCGUGGAAAACCUCAAUGAACUGCGGCAGGACUUGUCAAAAUUCCGGAACGAAAUGAGAGACCUGCUUGGCUUUCGAACUUCCAAAUAUGCUAUGUUUUAUCCAAGAAACUAAGACCUAACUUUCAAACAAAAGGUGUGUGCUUUUAAUACACAUAGGUGGAAGUGUUGACCUAAUUCUGUGGCCAGCUCAUAUAGGUAAGAUUAUUGCACAAAAAUACGUUUGAAAAUGCGUUUGUGUGAGUAGCAGCUCGGUGCCCAAGUGGUCAAAAUGAAUGCAAAAACAGAUUCACUAAUUUUCUUAACCUCUUAAUCUUGGUGUGUAUGUAAAAUUUGUAUAUAGGAGUUUUUUAAAUGUUCCUCAGACUGUCUGUGGCUGUCAGGUGUUAGAGCUUCAUAACUAGCACAACAUGUUUCUUUCUUCUAUUUUUGCCAUUUGUUCUUUUUUGAUACUUGUUUUUCAAGUUGUGGGAGAAGACAGGCUUUUUAAAUUAAAAUCCAGCCUGUUUAUUUUUAAUAGAAAAGUCAGAUAAAGAAUAAUAGAAAAUUUCCAGCACAGUUGGAAAUGAUGUAUGACUGUAGGUUACAGUGCAUGUGAAGACUGUAUGGCUCUGAAAGAGGCAGUUCUAGUUUUGUACGAUAACACUGACUGUAAAUUAACAUUUCUAGAAUACAGAAAGCAAAUCAUCAAGAAUUUUCACUUUAGUGGGAACAUUGACAUUUUGAACACAAAAUAGACCAACCAUUUCUUGAAUGUUUAUGGUUAUGUGUAAGACAAUCAAACCCUGCUUGGAUUUUUCAGCAGUGCCUCAAUAGUACAUUUUAAUAUAUAGGUUAGAAUUGGGAACAGAAUUUAAAAAUUAAUUUGUGAACAUUUACUGUUUAGUAUCUUGGGUUUUUAAAAUCUAGAUAAACUAUGUGAAUUAUUAAAACCUGUGAUUUCAUGAAAAUGAGGUGAAGCACAUGAGUGCUAUUGUUUGCAGUGCUGAACAAUUCCUGUACACCAUUCUACUCUUCUUUCUGUGAGGUCAUUGAGUCUUGUCAUUGGAGAGAUGUACUUUAGAAGGGUCUGCUUGACACAGGUUUUACAUAUCCUACUUUUGAAUUUGUUUUUCUUUUUUCCUGUUUUUUACCAGAAUUGUUGCCAAGCUACACCUUUUUUUUUUAAUGUCAGUAUAAUGUGUUUUCUGAAAAUAGUUUAUCUGACUUUGCUUACAACGGACAGUAAGGGCUUUGUGGAUUUUCUGUGCUGGAGGGUCCUAUAUGGCUUUAUAUGCUUAUAUAUAAUUCAAGCUGACAAACUGUAACUCAGAAAUGUGAGAGUCCUGUAUUUUUAAUUACAAAGUAAGUAUAUUUAUGACAGCUAAAGGAUUGAUUGACAGUUUUACUGUUAUGAUGGUGCUCUUCUGAAAUGGUCGUGUGUAAGCAGAAGGCGCAGGUAGCCAUUGUGGUCUUUGACUGCAGUUGAUUUUGGGAGAUUGACAGAGGGGGGGCUUACAUGAAUGUUUACUUUUUUGAAGGAAUUCUUAUAAAACUCUUUCUUGUAAAGGUAAUAUAUUUUCCGUACUAUGAAAUGAUGUAUUUCUGAACUAGGUUUUACUAUUCCGCUUUCAGAAGUGUUAGAGUAUAGAGGGAUUCUGACCUGUGUUGGCUUUUCAUGGGAAUAGGAAGUUAACCUCCUGGUUCAAAGCAAAGAGGAUCUCUUGAGUUUUCUAUUUGAACUGAGAUCUCAUGUUUGAAUAAUGCACCAACAUAAAAACUAUGUGCUCUGUAUGUUAUGUAUAUUCAAGAAAGGAAGCAAAUAAAAGCUCUUGGAAAAAUACA